AUGGAUAGACUAGCCGCUGCAAGGGCUCAGCGGAGGCAGCACGACGGCGCCAGCGAACCUCCUCAUGAACUCAGCGGAUAUCAGAACGGGCAAUACACGAAUGGUACGACUAACGACGACACGACGGGGUUUCUGAACGAGAUUGUGGACAUCCAAGACAGUAUUGACCGCUUGCAAACCAAUGUCAAUCGAAUCGCGGGACUGCACACUCGGUCGAUGGACGCUGUGGGAGAUGUCUCUCCUAAGGACGCGGCGGAAUUGGAGGACCUCACUACGGAAACCCGGGCACUUGCCAAUACCAUUAAAGACCGCAUAAAGGGACUGGAGAGCAAGCCAUUGACUGGGCGAGACGCUCAGAUUCGGCGUAAUAGGACCGGCUUGAUACGGAAGAACUUCCUGGAGGCAUUGCAACGGUAUCAGCAGGUUGAACAACAAUCCCGAGCGAAGGCUCGUGAGCGGGUCGAACGGCAAUUCAAAAUAGGCAUGUCUAAUCCAAAUGCCACGCAAGAAGAGGUUGCCGCCGUGGUGAACAAUUCAUCCGGGCAAGGCGACCAAAUUUUUGCCAACGCGCUCACAUCGUCUACUCGCUAUGGGGAUUCCCGAGUAGCGUAUCGUGAGGUGCAGGAACGACAUCAAGAAAUUCUCCACAUGGAACAGACAUUGGCUGAACUUGCGCAGCUGUUUAAUGACAUGGCUGUUCUGGUCGAGCAACAAGAUGCCACUAUCGUUGACAUUGAGACAACUGCGGGCAAAGUCGAAGCAGAUGCCAAGGCUGGGGAUGAACAGGUUGCAAUUGCUGUCAAGCAUGCGCGAAGUGCAAGACGGAAACGAUGGAUAUGUUUCUUCAUUUUCCUCUUCGUUAUUGUGGUGCUGGGCCUGGCACUUGGGCUCAAAUUCGGGCUCGACAAUAACAACAAUAAUAACAGAAACCCGCAAUGA